UAUUUGACUUAAAACACUAAGAACAAAACAAAAGUUAAUAAAAGGAAAAGAGAAAUAAUUUCUACAACUGCCAUCUAAUGCAGUAGCUAAGGAUAGCAAUAAUAAAUGAUAUCCAACUACACUUCAUGUAAUUCAUAAAUGCACCCCAACCGCUCCCAAUAUAACACUAUUAUGGACCAUUAUUAUUACUCUCAACUCACUACUAUAAUUCUACUAGUAUAAGUAUAUCGCCUAUCUUGGAUCAUUUUUCUAUCUUAUAACACACACACACACAAAAGAGAAAGAGAUUAAUUAGCCAUGACAAAGGAGGAAGUUGCCGUUACAAAUGUGAAAAUCUUGAAAAAAAACAAUGUGAAGCCUCAAAAACCAAUAGGGAAACAAGAAUGUCAAUUGGUUACAUUUGAUCUACCUUACUUAGCUUUUUAUUACAACCAAAAGUUGAUGAUUUACAAAGGUGUUGAAAACUUUGACGAAACGGUGGAAAAGUUGAAAGAUGGUCUGGCUUUGGUGUUGGAAGAUUUCUAUCAACUUGCUGGUAAAUUGGGAAAAGAUGACGAGGGAGUUUUUAAAGUGGAGUAUGAUGAUGACAUGGAUGGUAUGGAGGUGAUUGUGGCUGAAGCACAAGGGAUUGAAAUAGCUGAUUUUACUGAUGAAGAAGGCACUUCCAAAUUCCAAGACUUGAUUCCUUAUAACAAGAUCUUGAAUUUGGAAGGGCUUCAUAGACCUCUUCUCGCCGUGCAGCUCACAAAGCUCAAGGACGGGCUCUCCAUGGGAUUAGCAUUUAAUCAUGCUGUGCUGGAUGGUACUUCCACGUGGCACUUCAUGACCUCGUGGGCCCAGGUCUGCAGUGGGGCCACCGCCAUUGCAGUCCCACCUUUCCUCGAUCGUACCAAGGCUCGUAACACACGUGUCAAGCUCAACCUCUCGAAGCCAUCAGACGCACCCGAGCAUGCCAAGUCAGCAACCAAUGGUGAUGUUUCAGCCAGCGUGGACCCACCUCUUCGCGAGAGGGUGUUCAAGUUCUCCGAGUCAGCAAUUGACCAGAUCAAAUCAAAGGUCAAUGCCAACCCGCCAGAAGGCUCGCUUACUCAAUUCUCCACGUUCCAGUCGCUCUCAGCACACGUGUGGCUCGCUGUCACACGUGCUCGCGAGCUCAAGCCGGAGGACUACACAGUCUACACUGUCUUCGCUGAUUGCAGGAAAAGAGUAGACCCUCCAAUGCCUGAGAGUUACUUUGGAAACCUAAUCCAGGCUAUUUUCACAGUGACUGCAGCAGGAUUAUUGAUGGCACAUCCUAUUGAGUUUGCAGCAGGGAUGAUACAACAAGCAAUAGUGAAGCAUGAUGCGCGGGCAAUUGAGGAAAGGAACAAGGAGUGGGAGAGUAACCCGAAGAUAUUUCAGUACAAGGAUGCUGGAGUGAACUGUGUGGCUGUUGGAAGCUCGCCGAGGUUUAAGGUUUAUGAGGUGGAUUUUGGAUGGGGAAAGCCGGAGAUUGUGAGGAGUGGAUCGAACAAUAGGUUUGAUGGGAUGGUGUAUUUGUAUCCAGAGAAAAAUGGAGGAAAAGGUAUUGAUGUGGAGAUUAGCUUGGAAGCAAAUGCUAUGGAGAGGUUGGAGAAGGACAGAGAGUUCCUUAUGGAAGCUUAAUUAGUUUCCUAAGUUUUAAAUUCAAGUAGAACUUUAUCUUUGCUUUAAGUGAGUGUUAUGUUUAGGGGGUUGUUUAAUUUUAUUUUAUUUAUUGCUUUCUUCUGCUCUAAGUUUCUCUAUCUGGUAAGUUAUGUAUAAAAGAAUAAUGUUGUUACUUGUUA